AUGCGACGCACGCUGCAAUCGGGCCUGCUCCUCGGCCUGUCGGCGCUCGCCGCCGCCGUCUUCAAGGACGAGGUGGGCGACAUCGACUUCCACUACUCCCUCGUCGGCCUCCCCCAGGUCGAGACCACCUUCUUCCACCGCCCGCGAAAGGAGGACAAGGCGAGCCUCCUCUACACCCUCAGCGACAUCGGCAUCCUCGGCGCCGUCAACCCGAGCAACGGAGACUUGGUGUGGCGACACCAGAUCGCUGACGAUGCCUCCCCCACCAGCGGGGGCUUCCUGCGGGCCCCGGAAGGCGAGAAUUGGGUCGCCGCCGCCUACGGCUCGAGCGUCCAGGCCUGGAGCGCGCUGACGGGCAGGAACCUCUGGCGCGUGGACUUCAAGGGCGAGGUCAAGGAUCUUGAGAUACUCGAGCUGACCGAGGCUUCGAGGAAAGACGUCCUCGCCCUCUUUGACGAGGAUGGCGUCACCGUUCUGCGACGUCUGCAUGGCGCCCUCGGCACCGUCGUCUGGGAGUUUCGCGAACACAGCAAUGAUCUGCCUCUCCAGGUAUCAAACAAUAUUGCCAACGUCUACGUCGUCAGUCUCCACGGCUCGCCCUCGUCCUACAGCCUCAAAGUCACCUCCCUCGAGACGGCAACGGGCACGCGCGUCAACCACGUCGUCGUCGGUGCCAAAGGCGACAUUCACGGGCCCGGCGACGUCAUGUUUGUCGGCUCCAACUCGGCCGCGCCCAUCGUCGCGUGGACCAACCAGGGCUCGGCCAAGCUCAACGUCAACGUCUUGGGGAGCAAGUCCAAGCAAGACUUCAAUCUCCCGCCCGACACCGCCUCGGUGCAGAUCCACGCGCCUCACUUGACCCAGUCGCAGACGCACUUUCUGGUACACACUCGUUCAAAAGGGGAAAAGACAAACAAGGCCAUGGUGUUCCACACGGACCUCAAGACACGCCAGAUCAAAUUGGCGUACGAGCUGCCGGCCUUUCGAGGCCAUGGCGCCUUUUGCACCAGCUCCGAAGGGGCCAAUGUCUACUUCGCUCAGAUCAGCAGCGACGAGACGCUCAUUGUAUCUUCUGAGUCGCAUGGCAUUCUCGCUCGCUGGCCAAACAACCGAGCCGUCGACAUCAGCCCCGUCCAUGCCGCGGCAGAGGUCAUCAAGAAACCCGGUGGACAGGAGUUUGCGGUUCGCUCCGCCGUCGUCACCAACUCGGGUGAUUGGGCGCUGCUGCGCAACGGCGAAAAGGACUGGACUCGGCACGAGGGCCUAUCUGGCGCCGUGGCCGCCGUCUGGGCCGAGAUACCCGAGGGUGAGGACCUCGCCAAGGUUCUCGCCCAGGAGGCGCACACCAACCCGCUGGCUGCCUACAUUCAUCGCGUAACCCGCCACAUCGACGACUUGAAAUACCUGCCCCGCUACCUGGCUAGCAUCCCAGAGCGUGUCGUGAACAGCAUAGCGGGCGGAGACCUCGUGGGCCACAAGGAAGGCCUGCGCCGAGACACGUUUGGCUUCAACAAGAUUCUCGUCGUCGUGACUCGCCGAGGGCGCUUCUACGGCCUGGAUUCCGGAAAUCACGGCCAGGUACUCUGGACGCACAGCUGGUUCCCUCGUGACACAGACACGCCCCUCAUCGUCAAGGGUCUCGUUUCAGACGACGAACACGGAAUCGUUGCCAUGUACGGCGCUGGGGGCGAGUAUGCCGCCUUCAACGCAAGCUCCGGCGUGGCUCGCGAGGUGCUCCUUGCAGAAGGCGAGAAGCCCGGCGUGUCCUGCACUGCCGUCGUUGAGGGCGGGUCAGGCACGGGUCUGCUUCCCAUUGGAAACGAUGAUCUGCCGACGCGAGAUCUUCCCGCCGAUUGGGACUCGGAACAGACCGUUGUCGUCCGCGGCGAAGGCGAGACACUCAAGGGCAUCAGAUUCAGCGCGGAAGGCGGCAAGGUGACCAAGCAGGAGAUGUGGCAGCUUCAGAUGCGUCCGGGGCUCGAGAUUGAACAAAUCGUGACACCUCCUGCGCAUGACCCCGUUGCCUCGAUCGGCCGCGUCCUGGGUGACAGACGCGUCCUGUACAAGUAUCUCAACACCAACAGCAUCGUCGUUGCUGCCACCAACGGGUCGGCCAACGCCCUGUCCGUCCAGCUGGUCGAUACCGCCUCGGGCCAGGUUCUCACGUCUCAGCUGUACAAGGGCGUGGACUCGCGCAAAUCGAUUUCGUGCACCAUGGCCGAGAACUGGUAUGCCUGCUCCUUUUUUGGGGACUACAUGCUCGACGAUGAUACGGAGCGCUCCCUCAAGGGCUACCAGGUGGUGGUCACGGACCUCUACGAGUCCCCGGAGCCCAACAGCCGCGGGCCGCUGGGCGACGCGGCCAACUUCUCGUCGCUCGACCCCGUCGACAACCCCGUGGGGGGCCUGCCGCUCCCCUGGGCCCUCUCGCAGGCAUACGUCGUCUCGCAGCCGCUGACGCACCUGGCCGUUACCCAGACGCGCCAGGGCAUCAGCACGCGGGAGCUCGUCGCCUACCUGCCGCACGCCCACGGCAUCCUGGGCCUGUCGCGGCACGUACUGGACCCGCGGCGGCCGGUCGGGCGGGACCCCACGGCGGCGGAGAUGGAGGCCGAGGCGCUAAUGCGGUACGCCCCGGCCUUUGAGAUCGACCCGCGCACCGUCCUCUCGCACGAGCGCGACGUGGCGGGCAUCCGCGGCCUCGUGACGGCGGCGGCCGUCGUCGAGAGCACGAGCCUGCUGGCGGCAUACGGUGUCGACGUGUACGUGGCGCGCGUGGCUCCCAGCGGCGUCUUUGACAUCCUGGGCAGGGGCUUCAACAAGGUGACGCUCGUGGCGACGGUGCUGGCCCUGUCUGGCGGCGUCAUGUUUCUGGCUCCAAUGGUCCGGAGGAAGCAGAUUGACCGGAGGUGGCAGGCGUUUCUGUGA